GCUCUCUUACUGGAACGUCACAAUGUUUACCCGGAAAUGAGAGCCUGCUCCAAAAGCUGCUGUCAAAAUCUACUAUUUACCCAUUUCUAACCGUUGUUUAUCUAACUAAAUGAUAUAUUACCGUAUAAUCUGACUGUAAAAUAGUGACUCAGAAUGUACAGUGGACUCUUGCCAAAAGGUUUAACCGAAGACGACCUCAGUCCAGAUGACGAAGGGGAUGAUGUUGAGGAGAAGAAGGAGGUCGAGAAUUGCGAGAUGUCCGCUGAAAGGUUGAACUCCGCCGGGGAAAACACAGUCUCAGCUCUGGAGGCACAGUCGACUCUCCCUGGCAGUGAUGCAGACAGUGAUUCCCUGACAUGCAGUAUGCCUGGUAUAUCACAGGAAAUGUGGCAAAAAUUCCAGGAUCUACGGAAAAAGAAGGAUGAAAUGAAGACAAUGAAGUUCUCCAGAAGAAGAAAAAGACGACGACUCAAGAAAGCAGGAACAGAGAGUGAGGAACCCACUGAGACAAGCAGAGAGCGUCAGGAGAAUCGGGAGAAGCACUGGGAUGAGCUUAAGCAGCAUUUUGGUGUAAAUGAUCGAUUUCAUCCCCCAGCAUGUUCCAAACCCCCUCCGCAGUCCGGCCUAGAAAAGAGCAUAGAGAGGGCCAUAGCUGAAGGGGACAUUGCAAAGGCGGAGGAGAUGAGCGACAGACUCGCCACUCGAGAGCUGGCUGUAAAAAUCGCUCAAGCCGCUGAUUGCCGUGACUUUGUGCAACGCAAACAGGAGGAGGAAGCUUUGAGGGCAGCGCAGAAAAGGAAGAACCAAAUAGCCUGGGGGUUUGAGGCUAAAAGACGAUGGGAAACCAAAAGCAACAUGGGCUUCAUGUGACGAACACGGAGGAAAAGGAAAACGACUGUUGUUGUCUUUAAGUUAAUUGGAUGAAAGUAGCGUUUUUAAUGGCGGGCUGAUCCCAUUUCUUUUUAUACACUUUGUAUAUUUUGAAGACUUCUCAACAGCCGUGUGUGUGUGUGUGUGUGUGUGUGUGUGCGUGUGUGUGCGUGUGUGUGUGUGCGCGUGUGUGUACGGGUGGGGAGUCACAGAGUUGGCUAAGGAGAAACCAAUCCAAAGAGGACAAGCGAGAGACAAAUUAUGGAGCAUUCAAAUUAAUUCCUAAGGCGCCCAUUGGUGUCUGUAUUGUGUUAUUUUUCAUUACAUUUCAGUGAUUUUUAGCGUUCUACACCCCCCCCCCCCCCCCCCCCUUCAAAUUAAAUCUGGUGUACAUUACUGGAUGAUGCGUUUAUUUAUUGCUGUAAAGUGGGUUAAUCAUGAAGGCGCUCUUUUCUUCUUCUGAGGAAGAGAAAGGAAAGAUUAAGGCCCUAAUGCAAUGUACAGGAUAAUGUGCGAUAGGAUUUGGGAGAAGAAAAUGAAAUUUGGCUGCUGUAAACAGUUGUGAGCAGUUGUAAACUGGAAGUUGAGUGAACGUUUUGGGGGUGGGGAGAUUGAGGGGGGGGGUGAACAUGAAACAGAGGCUUUGCUGUUGGCCCUCACCCAUGCUGGGAGACAUGCUAUUGUUUCUCAGUCCGAACAAGAGGCACGCGCUGUUUCUCGCUGCUCAUUGUGUGAUGAGCUCUCUUCAGCAUCUAUAAACUUGCGUCGGUUCCUCUCGCUUUUACUUUGAUCUUUUUUGGAUCUGCAGCGUUUUCUUCCACAGCUAUACUCGCGCUUCUCCGAUGCUCAUCCAGAUUCCAGGAAGUGUUAAUUGCAAACAGCGUGCAAAAAAAAAAGCACGAUAAUUACUUUUAUUCAUAAUGCUUGCUUAUAUAUAUUUUUUUCAACCAUAGACAAUUAUUGCUUUGCUCCAAGGUAAUGAGAAUUCAAAUUAAUCCCACCUACGUUGUUUGCAUUUCACAUAUUUGGGCACUUUGUCCCUUGGUGUGGAGCAGUACUCUCCUAGCUUUGCUGUGUAGGCUGAAACAGGACGAGAAAAAAAAAAAAACUAAACUUCAGAAAUAAAAACUUUAUAGGCAAUUAUUACACAAAACACCUGAGCUGAAGAAACCUAGACAUGAGCUAUAUAAUGUGAGAUAUGUGUAUAAAAACAAUAGAUUUUUCACAGAAAUGUGAAAAAUCUAGCUUUCCGUAUCAUUUUACAUCCAAGCCAAUCACACGACUGUGUGUCUGAGAAGCUGUCAGUUGGUGCGAAUUGGUGCUAAUUAAACUAUUAAUUAUCUCUGUAAUGAGGCGCGAGUUAAAACUGUGUUAAGCACAUCAAAGUACAACAUGGGAUUUCUUCACUUUGAUGACUGCUAUGAAAAAUAUAUCUUGACUGAAGAGAGAGGAAACAUCAGAGAUGCUUUAUUAACGAGACAAAAAGAAGUCAUAUUUUGGAGCCUUCAAAAGAUUUUGGAUCACUCCUCCAGAACAACGUCGCGGUUUAAAUAGUCCGUUUUACUUAAAGGUGUGGUUAUUGCGUAUUUCAACAUUGCACAAUUUCCAAAUAAGAACUUUUCAAGAAGGUUAUAGCCGGUAUAACAUUUCUCAAGAUCUUGCAUUCAAAACAUAGGGCAGAAAGCAUCUGUUAAUAUGUGUGUUUUCCAUAUGUAAAAGCCAUGUACUGUAGCCAUUUUUUUAAGUGAGUAGUUGUCAGUGAACAUUGCCAGCGCUCAUCCAAGAGCAGCGCGGCGCCGUAUCAAUAGCAUCUCACUUUAUUAAUCUCUUGGAACACAGGGUAAUGCCUUGAGCAGAGAUGAUAGUGCUUUUAAGCUGGAAAAUCCACUUUCUCACUCUCGUCAUGUCGAGGAGCUGUUUUCCACAGUCUGCUCCUGGAGGCCAAUCUUAGCCUCUGACCUAGGCUGAUUUGUUGUGAAACGCGGAGACAAAUUCCUUGGGCACAUGUCGAACCACUUCUAGGAAAAGUGUUUGUUGUGUAGUGUGUGGGGGUGUGGAGAGAA